AUGUGUAUUCUUCUCCUCAGAUUUCUCAGAAGGGCACCACCACCCAAAGUUUUUCUUUUGCCCAUAUCGCGUGAUACUCCAAAGAUGAAUUCUCGAGCCAUUGACCUGGCAACGCAAAUCCAAGUUCAAAGAACGUCGGUCUUUCCUGCUCCUCAGCAAAAUAAUCCGGCAAUUAUCCUACCACUCUUAACUCAGCGAGGAUCCAGGAGACCCUAUCAAGGAUUUCAUCUAUUCUGCAUUAACUUCACGAUAAGAGCCCAAAGUUUAGGGGAAGAAAAUAUUUUUGUGAUCAGAAAGGCUGCCAACCAUCUUUGGAAUUUCAGCACGCGUGAUGAAAAAUUGGGAUAUAGUAUCUUGGCAAAGCAAGUGAAUGAGCUUCUCGGCCUGAACAGAAGCAUGUGA